UUAGUUUUUAUUUUCUUUUAAUUUUUGCAAAUGUUCAUCUAGACACCCACUCUUAAACAGUGGUAUAGUGGCUGUAGGAAGAAAGAAAAAGCAGGAAGCCUGAAAUUUCCUUCUUCUCUGCCCCCCCUCCUCCGGCCAUUGCUUCUAAUACAGUGAGGCCUAAGUGAGCAGAGAGGGGAAGAUGUGAGUUCAGGUAGAAAGAAGAAGAGGCAGGUGGGCAAGGAGAAGAUUCGGCAAGGCGAGAACGGAGCAGCAAAUCCCUAGGAGAAGAUGACCGUGUUCUUUAAAACACUUAGAAAUCAUUGGAAGAAAACCACCGCUGGGAUCUGUCUGCUGACAUGGGGAAGCCAUUGGCUGUAUGGAAAACACUGUGAUAACCUGCUAAGGAGAGCUGCCUGCCAAGAAGCUCAGGUGUUUGGCAAUCAACUCAUUCCUCCCAAUGCACAAGUGAAGAAGGCCACGGUUUUCCUCAAUCCUGCAGCUUGCAAAGGCAAAGCAAGGACUCUAUUUGAAAAAAAUGCUGCCCCCAUUUUACACUUAUCUGGCAUGGAUGUGACUGUCGUCAAGACCGAUUAUGAGGGCCAAGCCAAGAAACUCCUGGAACUGUUGGAAAACACAGAUGUGAUCAUCGUCGCAGGCGGCGACGGGACACUGCAGGAGGUUAUUACUGGAGUUCUUCGAAGAGCAGAUGAGGCUUCCUUCAGUAAAAUUCCCAUUGGAUUUAUCCCACUGGGGCAGACCAGUAGUUUGAGUCAUACUCUCUUUGCCGAAAGUGGAAACAAAGUCCAACAUAUUACAGAUGCUACACUUGCCAUUGUGAAAGGAGAGACCAUUCCACUUGAUGUCUUGCAGAUCAAGGGUGAAAAGGAACAGCCCGUGUUUGCAAUGACUGGCCUCCGAUGGGGAUCCUUCAGAGAUGCUGGUGCCAAAGUUAGCAAGUACUGGUAUCUUGGUCCCCUAAAAACCAAAGCGGCUCACUUCUUCAGUACUCUUCAGGAGUGGCCUCAGACUCAUCAAGCCUCUAUCUCGUACAUGGGACCCACAGAGAGACUUCCCAGUGGAGCGGAAGAGACCCCUCCCCGGCCCUCCCUGUACCGGAGAAUACUGCGGAGGCUCGCGUCCUACUGGGCGCAGCCGCAGGACGCCCUUUCCCAGGGAGUGAGCCCCGAGGUCUGGAAAGAAGUGCAGCUGUCCACCAUUGAGCUGUCCAUCACCACGCGGAACAGCCAGCCGGACCUGAUGAGCAACGAAGACUUCAUGAACAUCUGCAUUGAACCCGACACUGUCAGCAAAGGAGACUUCAUAACCAUCGGAAGCAAAAAGGUGAGGGACCCCAGGCUGCGUGCUGCCGGCACCGAGUGUCUCCAGGCCAGCCAGUGCACCCUGCUGCUUCCCGAGGGAACUGGGGGCUCCUUCAGCAUUGACAGCGAGGAGUAUGAGGCGAUGCCCGUGCAGGUGAAGCUGCUGCCCAGGAAGCUGCAGUUCUUCUGCGACCCCAGGAAGCGCGAGCAGCUGCUGCCGAGCUCGGCCCAGUGAGCCCGCCACCCCCCCCCCUACUCCCGAGGGACCAAAAGGGAGCAGAGGCCUUGCCCAGGCCCCCAGGAGCCUCCUCCCCGCCAAGUACCUGCCCCUCCCCUCUCCGCAGUGCUCCCGGUGGGCCCCAGCCCGCCUCCCGGCCGUGCAUGCUCCUCCUUCCCUGUGACCACUGCCGCCCCUCCAUAGUGCCGAGCCCAGGCCGGUCUGCCAGGGACCCACGUGCAGUGAGGGAAAGGGGCCCGAGCUCAUGGGGGGCCCCCAAGUGCAGCCACCUUCGGCAGGCCGGGACACGAGGGAGGGGCCUGCCUUUCCCACCGCCAUCCUCUGUCUAGGCUUCUCCAUGGGUGCUGCUACUUUCUGAGCUCAGAUUCCAAUGUAGCUGGUCUCCGUCCUCAGCCGUGGCUGACAUGCUGUAAGAUACUAGUUUGUAUUAUUUUUUCAAGUAGUGCUUAAGUAUUGGUUUGCAUGUUGAAAACCUAGCAACUCCAUCUGGGGUUGGAGCCCCGGGAUCUGCAUUGCUAAAAAAGCUGGCAACCCUUCCCCGGUGCGACUACUCCGUGCGGCCCGCCCCCGCCCCUCGCAGGCCAGUGUUGUGAAGCGCCACCCACUUACCCCAACUAGUAUUUUGGAAGAUCUUGUAUCCGUCACACUUUCUAGAUACCAACUUACGAGUUGCCAAUAUGUGUAUUUCCUGGUGUCAUGUAAAUAUUAUUUUACAAUAAAGCUGUUAUAUCACUUUUAAA